AGAAACCAAUAUUGAUAUCCAAAGGGAACGUACUUGUAAAUAAAUCGAAAAUGGCGUCGUUUUGCCGAUUAGAUGAAUCAAAGAAUAAUUUAUGUGAUGUCCUGUUAUAAUUAAGCUAAUACAAUUUAUUAUAUAUAUUAUUCCAUUAUACGAUAUAUUUUUUGGUGUCAUUGUUCAGUGUUAAUUAAUAAGAAGCUGUGAAUAAUUCGCGUGAAGCGAGAUGGUGUUCUUUCUAGUUGCGUGAUAUAAAAGUGUUUACAUGAAUUCGGCGCGGGUGCUCCGGCCAAUAUGCUGCCCACAGUGGAGGAGAGCCGGGGUUACGAUUUCCAGGACCCCGAGAAUGCGGAGAAAUGGCGCGGACUGUUCAUCAAUUCAUUCCGAAAGAUCCUUGUGUCGCUACACCCGACGCUGACCGCGGAGGAUAGCGCGCUGGAAUUCGUCGAGUCGCUCUGCUUAAAGCUGCUGGCAAUGCUGUGCGCGGUGCCGCCUCCGCUCACUGCGCAGGAUGUGGAGGAACGCGUCGCGCGUACGUUCCCCACGCCGCUGGACAGCUGGGCUAUCGGCGAGACGCGUGAUCCAUCCAGCGUGAGACGGAAAAAGUUGGUGCUACCACUGGAGAAGAUCCACCACCUGCUGCAGAAGGAGGUGCUCCUGUACAAGAUCGAUACGUCGGUGUCGGCGUGUAUGACCAGCGUGCUGGAGUACGUCAGCACCGACAUCCUCCGGCUGUCCGGCACGUUCGUGAAAACGAUAUCGCAGAAGAGCGGCUACCAAGUGAUAACGACGAGCGACAUCAAGACGGCGAUGUGUGCCGACAAGGUGCUGGUGGACGUGUUCUACCAGGAGCCGGCGCUGGCGGGCGGCGCCAGCGCGGCGGGCUCGCGCGCGCAGGGCUACGGCGAGCUGGUGCGCGACCUGCUGGCCGACGAGCGCGCCUUCCUGCGGGACCUCAACCUCGUCGUGCGCGUCUUCAAGGACGAGCUGGACAAGAUCCUGGACGGCGACUGCAAGACGAUAUCCCUGAUCUUCGGCAACAUCGUCGACAUAUACGAGCUGACGGUGACGCUGCUCGGCAACUUGGAGGACGCCAUGGAGAUGUCGCAGGACUCGCACACGCCUUACAUCGGGAGCUGCUUCGAAGAACUGGCCGAGGUGGAAGAGUUCCGUGCGUACGUGCGCUACGCGAACAUCGUCACGAAGAAGGAGUCGAGGGAAGCGCUGCAGAAGAUUGUGGACGAUCCCGUGCGCUCGGAGCGGCUGGACACGGCGGGGCACGGCUUCCGGCUGGCCGUGAAGUACUGCCUGCCGCGCCUGCUGCUGGCGCCCGUGGCGCACGUGCUGCUGUACCACAGCUACGUGCGCGCGCUGCUCACCGCCGCGCCCGCCUCCGACGACCGCGAGAGCUUCAAGCAGGUGGAGUGCAAUCUGCAUCCGAUAAAGAAGCUGCUGACGAAGGCGCUGGGAAACGGACCGAAAUUGGAGGGCGCGGUGCGCUCGCUGUGGCGCGCGCGGCGGCAGCUGGCCAUCGACAAGUGCGGCGAGCUGGCGCGCCUCGUCGACAACUGGGACGCGCGCGACGUGCCGCACUGCUGCAACGAGUUCAUACGCGAGGAUUCGCUGUCGAAAAUCGGUCCCGGCAAGCGGAUAGCGGAGCGCCGGGCGUUCCUCUUCGACGGACUACUACUUCUCUGUAAGCCCGUCACUAGUCUGGUAACUGUAAAUAGUGGUGUUACGUCGGGUGGUUUGCAGCAAUUAAAAUUAAAAGAAAAAUUACAUAUACGGAAAUUGAAGAUCGUUGAUCGAGCUGACGGCGAAGAGGGCCGCAACCUCAUCGAGCUGUGCCCACGCGUGGGCCCGCCUGUGCUACUGGCGGCCGCCUCUAGCGCUGACAAGCGCAGCUGGAUGGCUGACCUCGUACUGCUCAACACCAAGCCCAUGUUGGACCGCAGUCUCGACAGCAUCCUGCUGGACCUGGAGCGUCGCCACCCGCUGCAGCUGCCGCCGGCGUCGCUGUACCGGUUCGCGGAGCCCGACUGCACCGACAACAUCGUGCUGGAGGAGCGCCCCGGGAACGCGCCCCUCAUCAAGGGCGCGACUCUGCUGAAGCUGGUGGAGCGGCUCACCUACCACGUGCACGCGGACCUGAACCUCGUGCGCACCUUCCUCACCACCUACCGCUCCUUCUGCUCGCCCGCGGAGCUGCUGGACCUGCUCAUCGAGCGCUUCGACAUCCCCGAGCCGCACCUCGUGUACGACGCGCCGCGACCCGCCCCUCGGAUCAAGACUCCGAAGAAGGAUAUCAGUCCGAACGCUUCGUUGCUGGAUUUAGACCUCGAUAUAGCGGAGUGCGUGGAGAUGUCGGCCAGUAGCGACGCAGAGAAGUUGAGCAAGAACACCGCCAGAGAGGACUGGAAGAGGUACCGGAAGGAGUUCCAGCAGCCUGUCAAGUUCCGUGUAAUAAACGUACUUCGUCACUGGGUGGAUCAACACUUCUACGAUUUCGAAAGAGAACCGGCACUGUUGGAGAAGCUCAUCGCAUUUUUGGAGUCCGUUGACGGGAAACCGAUGAAGAAGUGGGUCCAGAGCGUGCUCAAAACCGUUCAAAGAAAGUGCGCACAGAGCGGCCAAGGCGAGGCGGAGUUCGGUGGUGGGGGGGCCCUGCCGGGCGCGGCGGUGUCGUGUGGGGGCCCGGGCCCGGGGGGCGUGUCGCACGUGUUCGACCGCUCGCCCCCCGCGCCGCUGCGACAUGUGGAUGACCCCGAGCGGUAUAACUGGCACCCCCUCGCGCUGCACCCGCUGGAGUUGGCCCGCCAGCUAACUCUGCUGGAAUUCCAGCUCUAUCGGCAGGUGAAACCCUCGGAGCUGGUUGGGGCCGUGUGGACGAAAAAAGACAAGGAGAAGACCAGCCCCAACUUGCUGAGGAUUAUCAAGCAUACGACUAACUUCACGCGCUGGAUGGAGAAGUGGGUGGUGGAGAGCGAGAACCUGGAGGAGCGCGCGGCGGUGCUGGCGCGGCUGCUGGAGCUGGCGCUGGCGCUGCGGGACCUCAACAACUUCAACGGCGUGCUGGGCGUGGUGGCGGCGUGCGGCUCGGCCUCCGUGCACCGCCUGCGCGCCACGUUCGCGCUGCUGCCGCCGCGCCUGGCGCGCGCGCUGCACCAGCUGCGCGACCUCAACUCCGACCACUUCCGCCGCUACCAGGAGCGCCUGCGCAGCAUCAACCCGCCCUGCGUGCCCUUCCUGGGCAUGUACCUCACCAACAUCCUGCACAUCGAGGAGGGGAACCUCGACUACCUGCCGAACUCGGAACUGAUCAACUUCUCGAAACGUCGCAAGGUGGCGGAGAUCACGGGAGAGAUCCAGCAGUAUCAGAAUCAGCCCUACUGUCUCACGGUCGAGCCUCGGACGAGGGCGUUUCUGGACUCGCUGGAGCCGUUCCCUGGCAUGGACGACAAAGAGGUGACAGACUAUCUCUACGCGAAAAGCCUCGAGAUCGAACCGCGGAUGCCUCUCAAGCAAAUGCCGAAAUUCCCACGACGAUACCCUGACCUCUCACUGAAGCCUGUCAAGGUGAAGGUCUCCGAUGACAACACAAAUGUAGCUCAGCUGUCGCCGACGAGCACGUGGGAUGGUAUCUCCGUGGCGUCGCUACCUGUACACGAUCACGGAUCCCGGGAAGACCGAGGGUCGCUGACGUCGCCCCGGCUGGAGCGCUCGUGCUCCAGCUCGCUCGCUCAGCUCGGACAGCUCAGCCUCUUCGACAAGGGCCUGGCGCUCUUCGACAAGAGCAAGUCCGUGGCCACGCUCAACAGGAACAGCGGGUCGGCGCGGGACGAGCCGCCGUCCCCGCGGGAGAGCCACUCGCCAAGGCACGAUCGCAGCACGUGCUCCAGCAGCGCGCGCCGCGCCGCGCUGUCGCCGCGCGGAGCCAUCGUGGACGCCGAGCUGUUCUACUCGCGCAGCAUGGACCACCUCGCGUGCCGCAAGCAGGACGCGCCGCCGCCGCAGGAACGCGUGCCGCCCCUGCUGCCGCGUGCGUGCGGGGGCCCCGAGUCCCGCGACGAGGCCCCUCCCGUGGUGCCGAGGAGGCCGUCGUCGCCUCAUGCGGCAGCGUGCGAGCCACCCCCCGAGCCCCCGGACCGCCCUCUGCCGAGUCCGAAGCACCAUGAACUGUUCCGAAGUCCAGCCAUGUCACCGAAGCGGUCCCCUGCGCCUGCCCCACCCAUCAGUCCGCUGUUACUAGACAGAGCUGCCUUUAGUUUCCCAUCGGCGACUUCGCCGUCAGCGCAUCAUAAUUCGGAGGGCGCAGCCCCGCCGCCGCUGCCGCCGCGGCGCCGCCGGGACUCCGCCGCGCCGCACACGCCGCACCUCUCGUCGUGGAACGAGUGUGCGACGGGCGGGUCCCCCUCGGGCUCGUCCCCCGCGGCGCCGGGGCCCCCAGCGCCGGCUGCGGGUGGUGGCCCUCCUCCGCUACCACCGCGGCCUCCUCCUCCUCCCGAGCUGCUGCGACCGGCGCACUCGGCGCUGCUGCAGCGGAGACACACCGCCGCAUUAGCUCCAAAACUACCACCUAAACCAGCGGCGGCAGCGGUCGCGCCGCGAACGUAACCACCACCGCGCUACCGCCCGAGCCCACCACGCGACGAGCAGCAGCCGUCACGAGGCGACACCCGACCCUACCUCCCCCCACCCCACCGUGACAGGCGAGCGUAAGCGGUACACCAAUAGAUAGAUUAUAAUGAAGAAAUCAAGUAAUUACGAUAAAACGUACUAUGUUAUGUCGUCUAUGAAAUAUUAAUUAAACAUUACGAAUCAGUUAAAUUAAGAAAAAUACCGUACUGUGAUAGAUUAAACCGCUAUAUCUAUUCCAAUUCACGAUGAACUCCUUAAAAUUAAACAAGGCUUCCAAAACAUUAAGAAAAUAUUCAUUAAAACUGCUGAUUAUUAAAAAUUAAUUAAAUCAAAGGUAUAACCAUAGUCUCUUCCAAUGGCAAAAGGAGCACGGAUCAACAAACUGUGUUAACAUAGUAUAUGCGACUUUCUAACAGCUCAGCUACAUGCACUACGAACAGUUCUUGACUAACAUAUCUUUAUUUAUAAUACAAGACUAUUACACUUAACUACUUAUAUCCACGUAAAUUUUACUUCCAGAGAUCCGAUAACUUUCCGAAACAUUCAAAACAAUUUUCACGAAUAUCAUAGAUUAUUUAAUCAAAAACGAUAUUUUUGUUUUGUUGUCACUCCUCUUUCGGUUGGAAUAGACUACAAAUACAUACUUUAAGCCAAAAUUUAAUUUUCAAAUUACAUUUUCCAAUAAAAUUCUUCCCGAUUAUAUCUUAAACAUAUUCAUUAAUUCAAUA